AUCGCGUUACCUUGCAGAACGUACGGGCCCAGUACGCGCUUGACCACGCUGUUGAGUGGAUCCUGUUCGACGCUUCCGUAGUUGUUCCAACGAGAGCCAGACCAGAGUUCCAUCAUGCCCAACUGUCCGAAGUGCGACAAGCCUGUCUAUUUCGCCGAAAGAAAGACCUCGUUGGGAAAGGACUGGCACGGUUCCUGUUUGCGAUGCGAGAAGUGUAACAAAACCUUGACACCUGGUAGCCAUUCGGAACACGAGGGCAAACCUUACUGUAAUCAUCCGUGUUACUCUGCUCUGUUUGGUCCCGGAGGUUUUGGUCGAGGCGGCGCCGAGAGUUACAUUUACAAAAAGUGAAAAAACCAUGGGGGCUUCGUGGCGAUUUAAUACUUAUUGUUAAUUCAACCGCGUUACCUGUACCGUAGGAAAUAAAUUUAAUUGAUAAUAGGUAUCUAAGUUUGUCUAAGCGUCGAGUACAAUGUUUUUUGCAGGAAUUGUGAAACGUAUGGUUGCAAGAUAUGGAAUACUUGAGAUAAUUAAUUUUUUAUAUGGUUGUAUGUUGUAUAAUGUAUCUGUUUGCUAGUUAUAAAGUUGAAUAAAAAUUUCACUAUGCCAGUUUAAA